AUGAAGGUCGGCUCUGUUUUGAUAACUUCAGCAUUUUUACUAUGCGUUGCCAAUGCAUUGGAUCGUGUUAAGUAUUCCCAUGAAGAACUGGUGGUAAUGGGAUGUAAAUAUGCUGUCACAAAUACUGCUGUGUUCUGUAAGAAAGAUACCAGUAAAUCUUACAAAUGUCAAUGUUCAAAUAAACCAGCCUUAGGAUCAUGGUUGAAUUGUAUUUAUGAACAAGCAGGUGAAGCAAACUCAAAAGCUGAACAUUUCGUUCAAGAAUAUUGUGAAAAAUUAAACAAAACUUAUACCAAUGAUCAAUUAAGAAAAGCUUAUAAAAAUGCCACAGAGUAUCUUACAACCGUUGAUAAAAUUGAAGGAUUCAAUAAGACUAUUCCAAUUGAUACACCAAUCAAAUAUAAACAGAAAGUCUUCAAAAAAAGUUAUGAGUCUUACAAGUUGAGAUAUGAUAAUGUUGCAGAUAGUAUUGAUUUUGGGUCAGGUCUUUUAGCAUAUUGGGCUUUGAUCUUACUUGCUGCCACCAUUGUUAAUUUUGCAUCCAAAAUUUCAGUUAUUGGGGCAAAAUUCAAUUCAAAACCAUUCAAUAAAGUUAGACAAUAUGUUAGUAUGCCAUCUUUAUUUUCAAACAAGAAACAUACAGAAGCUGUUUACCCAUUGAGUAAGAAGAUCCCUUUUGUUUCAGGUCUUUUACCAACUAGAGUUGAAUCCAUUGUUCUGUUUUUCUUCUUUGCAUUGAUGGUUAUAUUUCAAGCUGUCAGAUUUAGAUGGAUUGAAGGAAACACUAUUUGGAAGUCUGAGGUUUCCCAAAUUAGUAGAUAUGUCGGUGAUAGAUCUGGUAUUUUGUGUCUAUAUGGUUUCCAAUUAACCUUUCUAUUCGCUGGUCGUAAUAAUUUGAUGUUAUGGUUGACUGGUUGGAAGCAAGCAACUUUUGUUACUUAUCAUAAAUGGAUUUCAAGAUUCAAUUUUUUAUUGUUAGUUGUUCAUGCUGCUUCAAUGCAUAUUCAGUCAGAAUCAAUUGGUAAAUUUCAAACAAGAAUUUUAACAUACUGGUAUAGAUGGGGUAUUAUUGCCGGUGUCACUGGUGGUGUUAUGUUAUUAACAGGUUCUCACUGGGUCAGAAAGAACUACUAUGAGACCUUUUUACUAACACAUAUUGUUAUGGGAGUCUUCUUCUUGAUUGGUACUUGGUUACACGCUGAUAAAUUCCAUUAUGAAGAAUAUGCUUAUGCCAUGGCUGCUAUUUGGUGUUUUGAUAGAGCAAUCAGAAUUGGUAGAUUGGUGUCAUUUGGUGUUAGAACAGCUACUGCAACUGUUGUUUCUGAUGAAACUUUGAAAAUCACUAUUCCAAAGCAUAAAUUUUGGAAGGCAUACCCAGGUGCUUUUGGUUACGUCCAUUUCUUAAGACCAACGACUUUCUUCCAAUCACAUCCAUUCACUAUUGUUUCUGAUGAUGAUGAUAAAAUUGUUUUUUACACAAAGAUUAAAGGUGGUGUUACCUCACAAAUCCAUCGUUAUUUAAGAAAACAACCAAAUCAAACUGGAACCUUGAAAGUCACGGUUGAAGGACCAUAUGGUGAUCCAAAACCAUUGAAAAGAUAUGAUACUGCAUUAUUGUAUGCUGGUGGUAACGGUAUCCCUGGUUUAUACGCUUAUGCGAAGAAACUUGCUGAAAAGACUGAUAAAAGAAUCAAAUUAUAUUGGGUUAUUAGAAACUGGCAUUCCAUUGAUUGGUUUUAUGAAGAAUUAUUGAAACUGAAAGGUGCUCCACUAGAUGUGAUAUUAUACGUGACCAAGCCAGACUCAGCUCUUGGUUCCAAAUUUGAUUCAAGCUCAUCAUCUUCAGAUUCAGAUUCUAAACACAGUAGCGAAAAAGAUGAAAAGAACCAAUUAUCAGCUCAUGAAGUUAUGGCACAACAUUUGGACUUUGUUGAAUUUAGAUUUGGAAGACCAAAUAUUGAUGAAUUGAUCAAAUCAGACUUACAAGAAUCUACCGGUAACGUUGGUGUCAUGUCUUGUGCUCAUAAUGCUAUGGUUGAUAGCAUCAGAUAUGCUGUUAGUCAAAACUUGGAGACUCCGCAAGGAAGAGUUGACUACUUCGAAGAACUUCAACAAUGGUGA